UGAGAGUGAGAGCAGCGGAGACUGCGGACCAGCGGAUAUAGCGGACUGCAGAGACGUGAGCAGUGCAACUGCCGCUGCGGUUAACUUGCGCAUAUAAAUAAGCGACCUACAUGUAUAUAGUUUCAUGGAUCACAGUGAGAAUGUGUUAGUCAGUAUAGUAUAGUGCCGAGCCGCGAGCGUCGAACGACAGUACUCUCCUUGUAAAUCCAUGUGUACGUUUAAAACGUGCGUACAUUAACGGAGCCCGAGCCAUCAACUCUUUAGUAAGUACUGCUGCUUCCAAGUGCCACCGUAGCCCGUGCAGGCAAACGCCGAGAGCGUUUGCUUCUAUUGGCGCAAACGGACACAUAGCUACAUCAGCCGGUGAGGUUUAAUUAUCAUUUAUCAGUCGACGCUCGGCGGCAGUCAAUUGCGCGACCUGAAACAUAAACAUUCUCCGAGUUCGAAUCAAAAUAUCCAAGUGUGUUUUAUACAUUCUCGAUAGUUGGCCUUCUAAUAGUUAUCCUAACAACUCCGGCCACUGUUGCUGCAGAUGCAGUAGUUGCAUACGUGUACGGAAACCACCAAAAAGUUUAAGAGUGUUAAUUUAUCAAAAUAUUAGUGACAAAAUCUUCAGUAGUAAUUGUUGUUUCGAGGCAUAAUCGAACGCAAAAAGCGCGAUUAGCAUUCAUCACACAACAAAGAUAGCAUCGAGGAAGUUCCCGUUGCACGUCCAAGAGGAUUGCCCAUGCAGUUGUAAUAAAUAUUACGAGUAAAGCGGUUUCAUUCGUUCAACUACUUGUUCUUCAUUGCUGAAAAUCAAAACACGAGACGAUGUCUCUCAAUAUCACAAAAGAAACAAGAAACAGUUAACCGUGCUAUGUGAUAAACAGUUCGUUACAGAAGUCAUUAUUGUGUACUGUGUACAUGUGAAACAGUUUAAAAAGCGUUAAUAAUAAUACGCCGAUGCCGGCCGAAUAUCACGAAUUACACGGUAACCACGAGAACGCAAAUCUUGCUCUCGGGGGCUUACAAGAUUCGAACAACAUGACAGCCAACAUGUACAGAGUUGGAGACUAUGUCUAUUUUGAGACAUCCUCGGGAUCUCCAUACCAAAUUCGGAGGAUAGAGGAACUGAAUAAGACACCCAAUGGGAACGUUGAAGCAAAAGUCAUGUGCUUUUUCAGAAGAAGAGAUUUGCCACAAACUUUGAUUAUGCUUGCUGAUAAACAUCAAUCAGGGAUGGACGAAAGUUUAAGCAGUAACAAUGGGUCAGCGUCUAGUGCUGGAGCGGCGAGCAACGGGAGCAGCAUUGGAAACAACGGUAGCACCAGCACCGGUUUUGGUGAACUUACUGCCAAGCAGCGUCAUCAAAUGAAGCAUCGAGAGCUUUUCCUGUCACGCCAAGUCGAAACUAUGCCUGCUACUCACAUUCGUGGCAAAUGCUGUGUCACUCUCCUCAACGAAACCGAGUCAUUUCUUAGUUAUUUAAACAAAGAUGAUACUUUUUUCUAUUGCCUCGUAUUCGAUCCAGCACAACGUACCUUACUCGCUGAUAAAGGAGAGAUUAGAGUAGGCAGCAGAUACCAAGCAGACAAUAUAAGUUCAGCGCCGUUGACAUUAGCUGAAAGGGAAACAGAUAGGCAAGAUUCUAAAGAACUCGAAACCCUGAUCUGGACUCCUCGACAUUCUUUAACUGAUCGACAAAUCGAUACGUUCCUUGUCAUAAGCAGAUCCGUUGGCACCUUUGCUCGAGCUCUUGAUUGUUCUUCAUCUGUUAAACAACCUUCUUUGCAUAUGUCUGCUGCUGCUGCUUCCAGAGAUAUUACUCUUUAUAACGCCAUGGAUACGUUACAUCGACUUAAUUAUGAUAUAGCAGAAGCUAUGAACUCGCUUGUGCCGAACUCUGGUCCGGUUCUUUGUCGCGAUGAAAUGGAAGAAUGGAGUGCCUCGGAAGCAAAUUUGUUUGAGGAAGCUCUCGAAAAGUACGGCAAAGAAUUCUCUGAUAUUCGUAAUGAUUUUCUACCUUGGAAGUCUUUGAAAAAUGUGAUAGAAUACUAUUACAUGUGGAAAACUACAGAUCGUUACGUGCAGCAAAAACGUGUGAAAGCCGUUGAAGCUGAAAGUAAACUAAAACAAGUUUAUAUUCCUAAUUAUAACAACAAAGCUGGAGCUUCGGUUCAACCAACUAGCGGCGGUGGAAUCAUCGGACAAUCUACUAUUAUACCUAUUCCCAAUACCAACAAUCCUGCCAACGGCAAACAAACUUCUGUUAGUAUCAUUAAUGGCAGCAGUAAUGGAGACUCCGCUCUAUUACUAGGAGGCAAUAACGGUAAAACAUGCGAAGGUUGCCAGACCAGUCAGAGCCCUCAGUGGUAUGCCUGGUCAACCACAGCACAAGUACAGUGUCGUUUAUGUCAGACCUGUUGGUCAUACUGGAAGAAAUACGGUGGUCUUAAAGUUCCCUCGCGCAUGGAUGAGAUUGAUGCAUGUGAGCGUAAUCGAGCCACUACUGGUCCUGGCUCUGACGACGAAGGCAAAUCACCUGGAUCUGGUGGACCUCAACGACCACAUCGCUGCUCUGUAUCUACUUGUGGUAAAGAGUUUAAAUUAAAAGCUCACCUCAGCCGACAUUACGCCAGUGCUCAUGGUAUGGACUUUCGCGCAGGCAAUACUGUUGCCACCGCUUCCGGAGGACAGUCCGCCGGCAUCGGCAGUCAUAGUGCUGGCAUAGGUACAGAGUUAGAACUAUUGAAAAGAAACCCCGAGCUAACUAUUAUUCCAUGUAAUGUAAAUGCAGGCUCCCCGAGACCAGUGAUGAAAACUCGCUCUGCGUUUUAUUUGCGCACAUCGGCUUUAGCUAGAGCCGCUAGAAGAAUUUGCGCAAAUCAGAUUCGUAGUCGUCACGCAGCACGUGCACCGCAUCAGCCUAUAAACGCGGCGCCCUUACGACAUAUUUGUAGCUCACCUGAAUUUGCCAGACAAAGUUCAUCAGAAUUGCGUGUCUUAGCUCGCGCCACACGUCCUCGUAUAAGGCCUCGCGUCGCUGAUAUUGCUAGCCGUUUAGGUAACCAUCCGCAGCCAAGCCACCCUGGUGAAUGGGAUUGGCUUCAGCUUACAGCACCAGGUCAACGUAAACAGCCUGAGCACGUAUCAUUUCCUAGACCACCUAAAGCUCCUGACGGCAGUUUGCUUUAUGAAAGAGUUCCAAAUAAAUCUGAUAUCGAUGGGAUUAACGUUACACCACCGAUACCGCCUACGCUACAAGUACAGCCCAACUUAAAAAGACCAAGACCACAAUUUGAUGAAUUGAAUGGAACAGACGGUAUAAUGCCGAUAACACUACCAUUGAGUGGUCCACCUCCAAGUAAACGUCCGCACCACACAACCUCUCGAGAUGUAUUGCCAUCGCCUUCGGGAAGUGUAGUAAAUAACUCUACUGGACCAUCGCAUUCUAUGCCUUUAAAUGGUAGGCCACAUGCUUUACAGAAUGUACCCAUGUCACGAAGCAAUGCCCGUAAGCAAGUCAUGUCGUGGAUGGAUGCUCCUGAUGAUCUCUAUUUCCGUGCAACUGAUCAAACAAAGAAGGCCAGACGAAAUUUAUCCUUGAUAGAACUUAGAAGAGCCGCUCGUAAACCUUGGCGUAAAUUGGCUAACCCACAACGAACCGCUCGACCGGAUGACAUGGUUGUCAUACUUGACUGAAUAGCACAUCAUUUUUCAUAAUUUGAAAAUGAAUGCAACAAAAUUUUUUUAAAUUUCUAAAGCAUAUAGAUAUACAGUAUGAGUUAACGUGAAAACUGAGGGCAACAACAAUAUCUUCAAUUUCGGAGAACUUUUUUGAUUGCUUAAAGUGUGUGAAAAAAGUGAAAAUGAGUGAACAAUAAUAGAAAGCAUUAGUUGUAGCAUAAGUCCAAGAAAAAUUAUGACAAAUUUUUUUUCUAUUGAACACAAGUGUCGAAUCUUUCAACUGUAUGUCAAUAAUACCAGACAUGUUGAUGAACGAAGGAUUUUUGAUUCGUAUCACUAAAAUUGUUAUUAAUAAUAAUAAUUAUUAUUAAUUUAAUGUAAAUAAAUGUAUUAGCGCUAUAUGAACAUACACACUUAUAUAGACAAACUAUGCGAGAGAAAAUUAAAGCAUAAAUUAUAUGAAGAGCAGGGCUAGGUAUUAAUUACAAAACAAAACAAGAUUUUUAUUGUUAGUUCUAUGAAUCUUAACUGAAUACUUAUCUUGAUUUUAAAUUAAGAUGAAAAUUACCUGCUCUUUACAACACUAAUUCUUGAAUCAUACAGAAAAGAACAUUUGAUCCCAAAUUAAUUAUCAUAAAUGUACUAUAUCUUAUUUAUUAUUCAAAAUAAUAAAUGUAAAGUAACAUUUUAAAAAGGAUUAAAUAAGAAGUUGGAUAUUUUCAAAAUUAUAACUCGAAUUGUUUAGUUUUAUACUUAUUUUGAACAAGUACCUAGUUCUGUAUAUAUUGAAUUACAUAAAACUUAGUUGAAAAUUGAAAAAAA